AUGGAUCAUAAUUGUGCUGUUAAUGCCAAUGUGGCAAAUCCAAAUGAGAAUGAACAACCUAGAAGAGUGCUUGACUCAUACACUACCCUCAAUCUAGAUCUCUAUGGGAACAGUAUUGUGGUGCCUAUUAUAGCUGCAAACAACUUUGAGCUGAAGCCUCAGUUAGUCACUCUAGUGCAACAAAAUUGUCAGUAUCACGGACUCUCGCAGGAGGAUCCAAAUCAAUUUAUCUCUAACUUUCUGCAAAUUUGUGACACUGUGAAAAUAAAUGGAGUGAACCCUGAGGUUUACAAGCUCAUGCUCUUUCCAUUUGCUGUGAGGGAUAGAGCAAAGCUGUGGCUAGAUUCUCAACCCAAGGAGAGCCUGGACACUUGGGAUAAGGUAGUCACUGGAUUUUUGUCUAAAUUCUUUUCACCACAGAAGCUGACUAAGCUAAGUGUGGAUGUUCAGACCUUCAGGCAGAGAGAUGGUGGUUCAUUGUACAUGAAAAAUAUGCUUGAAGAGACGACCGAACUUAUUGAAUUGGUUGCUAACAACCAAUAUCUCUACUCAUCUAACAGAAAUCUUGUGAACUUUGGGACUCCUCAGAAGAAAGGCAUUUUAGAAGUGGAGACCAUGGAUGCUAUUCUUGCUCAGAACAAAGUUUUAGCUGUUAAUGCUCAGAAUGUCCCUCAAGAGGCUCCUUAUGACAUAAAUGGUAGCUUCAUUCAAGAUGAGAAUUAUGACUAUGAUCAAUUUCCUUCUGAACAGGACAACUAUAUAAGGAAUGCUCCUAGAAACCCCAAUAAUGAUCCAUAUGCCAAGACCUAUAAUCAGGGAUAG